AUGUUGCUAACUGGUAACAUUCAUUGCUAUGCGGAUGACAGCACUGGUGAUGCUCUAUACACCGGCCGGGCCAAUAUUUCUCGGGAAAACGUCGCCGAGUACCGGAACAAACUUGUGUCUGAAGUCGAGUCUUUGCUGGACAAAGUCUCGGAUUGGGGGCGAAUAAAUCUAGUCCAGUUUAAUCCUCAGAAGACACAAGUUUGCGCGUUUACCGCUAAAAAGAACUCCUUUGUCGUAUCUCCUCAGUUUCAAGGCACUCCCCUUCUUGCCUCAGCCAGUAUCCGCCGACUUAACGCCGCUGGCAUUUUUGAAAUUGCCCUACCACGAGAAAAUAUAAUAUUUGUAUUUAAUUAUAUUUUCUUUUAUCUUGUGUAA